AUUUUUAUCAUUCUUUUGAUGAAGUAUUUGAAUAUUUUAUGAAUUAAUAGAAAAAGGGGCUAAUACAAAAAUUAGUUAAGAGCACUAAGUGCAAUAGAUUAAUACUUUAAGGAUAAUCCAAAUGCGAAAAUUAGAGAUGCCUUAGAUUAAGAAGAGUUGUUAAAUACAAAAUAAAAUUGCAGAUUAUUUGGUGAAUAGUAUUUUUGAGAAUAAACUGUUAGUGUAACAUAAACUCCAGAACGCUUUUGGGAAAUGUUGUCAAUAAUUAUUAUAAUAGAAGAUGAUGAUUUAGAAAGCAUUCCUAAAAAGUACGAUAUAAGUUUUUAAAAAUGAUUAUAGGUAUCCUUUUAUUGUGAGUGAAAUAAUUGGAAGCAAAGAGGAAUUGAUCAUAGAUUAUUUUUUUUCUCCAAGAGGUUUAGAAGAGUUCGAAUUCCUUAACUUUUUAUUUAAGAUUAUAGACAGGGAUUACAUUGAUAACACUUUGGCAGGGUAUUUUGGAAAAAUUAUGAAAGCUAUUAUUGAUAAAAGAGGAUUUCAUGUAAUUCUAUAAGAAUAUUAAUUUAAGCUUUGGUAAUAUUUAACAUAUCCUCAAAAGGAGAGUUAAAAUGUAUUAGAAGAUUUUAUUAAACAUUUGGAUGUGCAUCAUAUAGCAGAUAUAUUAUUUAACCUAAUUCGAUUUGAUACUGUAAGAUAAGAAAAUGGAGAUGUAUAUUUAUAUUAGAGAUCAGAAUUAUUACUUCGUAUAAUUUAUUAUAUGUAAAAUAAAAAUUAUGAUAACCUUGUUGUGGAGAAUGUGUGUUAUAUUUUAAGAAAUAUUUUGACGGAAAUAAGUGACAACGAAGAAAAAGAAAUAUUUAUAUAAUAAAUAAUGAAUUCAUCACUUCAAUAUAAUACCUUUGUAUUAUACAUUUUAUAAUUAUUUAGUUUAUUAGUAAAUCAAGUGAUUUAGUUGAUUUAUUCAUAGUAUUACUAGAUUACACUUAGUAGGAGCACAAACCAAUUUAAAAUAGAAUAAUUUAUAAUUAUACAUUAUUAUAAGAACUUAGCUAUUAUUUAGUAGAUUUGCUUAAAACAUAAUUAAAUUUAUGUAUAAAAUUUUUUAAUUAAUAGCUUAAUUUUAAACUACUUAUGGAAUAAACUAAGAACCUUUAGGAUAAUUUAAAUUAAAAUUAAUAGAGUUUUAUUUGAAAGUAUUAAAACUUAAUGACCUAUAAUUAAUAAAUUGCUUUUAGCAUUCAUAUGUGUGUUUAGCAAUUAUGCAAUUGAUUCAAAAGCAUGAAUUCAAUAAUAAAAUUUAAAAUCUAUUUUUAGAAAUUAUUUAAUUAGUAAUGAAAAAUUAAGAAUAUAAUGAGAUUAAGUAAGCUUAUUUAGAAGCAAAUGUUCUUGGAUUUUUAGAAGAAUUGAAUUCUUAAUAUAAAUAUUAGGUAGGAUUAAUUAAAAAAUAGAUAACUAAAGGAUUUUAAGGUAUGGCAAAUUAGCUUUCUUAUGUGUUGAAAGAUGAUUUUUAAGAGGAAAAAUGGUAGAUUUACAUUAAUCGUCAAUAAACAAUAUUUUAGAAUGAAAAUUAAUAUCUGUUAGGAUAAAAUCCAAAUUAUAUUAAUGAAAAUGAGGAGGAAAUAAAUAACUAAAUAGUAUAAUCUAUGACCUUAAGUUCUGAUUAAAAUACAAUUCGUUAAAGUUUUAAUUAAAAUGUGGAAUAAGACUAAUAAAAUACUGAAAAUUAAUAAUAAUAACAAAAAACUUAAUCUGAUGAAGAAUAAAUAUAACAAUCAACCGAAAAUACCAAUUAUUCAGUAAUAGCUUAAGAUUAACCAACAAAUAUUGAAUAAGAAUACCCUAGAUCAGAUGAUCAAUUUAUUCCUUUGGGUAAUUUUAUUGUUCAUUUUAAGAUUCUGAAACUAAUCCAGAUAUAUCUGAUAGAGAUAUGAUUGAUUUCAACAGAAAACAUUAAAUUAAAAAAGAGAAAGCUGAAACAAUGUAAUUUAAUAGAAGAAAUAGCAUGAUGGGAUUAUCCAAAAGAGAAAAUAAAGAGGAAAUAAAACCAAAAAGAAAAUUGUCAGAUCAUUUAUAUAGUUAUGAAGCUCCUUAGACUUAAUACUCACCAAUUAAAUAAUUUAAUUAACUUGAAAUUCCAAAUUAAAAAAAAUGA